CGCCGUGCCGCCUAACCAUGAGCUUGCAUGAGCUCGCAAUUCCCAACUAAUGUCCUAUGCAGCCACGUUCCCCUCUCUAAUCACGCCCUCGGCCACUCUAGGUUCUCAUGGCGGACGAAACCUCCCCUCUCAUCUCGGGAAACGACUCUACACGGAAUCACGGUUCAAUAAUCCCAGCUUCAGACGAUGACAAUAACGCCCCCGUGGACGGCUCACAAGUCGAAGCAGAAGAGACAGAAUCCAGGAAAGAGGCUAUAAAUCCGUUAUGGAUCGUUGCGCCAAUGGGGAUUGGAAUCUUCUUAUCCGCUAUGGAUCAAACUAUCAUCAUUGCUUCAUACGCCGCUAUUGGUAGUGAGCUGAAACAACUUCAAAAAACGAGUUGGAUAGCGACGAGCUAUAUGUUGACCGUCACGGCUUUUCAACCUCUGUUCGGGAAACUAAGCGACAUAUUUGGAAGGAAAACAUGUUUAUUGUUCGCGUAUUGCAUUUUUGGAAUCGGAAUCCUUUUCUGUGGUCUAUCCCAAACUAUGGAUCAACUCAUCUUAUCUCAAGCGUUCGCUGGUAUAGGAGGGGGCGGUAUGCCUGCUAUCACAAGCAUAAUCAUGUCCGAUGUCGUUCCUCUCCGGUCAAGAGGAACCUGGCAAGGCGUUUUAAACAUCAUCUUCUCUACAGGUUCAAUGGUCGGAGCGCCUCUGGGAGGGUUCUUGACAGAUACAAUCGGUUGGAGAUGGGCAUUCCUCGUACAGUUCCCCGCCCUCAUCCUUGCCUUCAUCUCCGUGUCUUUCACCCUCCACCUCCCACCCCACCCAACCUCAGACUUCAAAUCCAAAUUCAAACGCAUAGAUUUCGGAGGCGCCCUCUCUCUCAUCCUCUCCAUCUUCUUUCUCCUUUACGGACUCGAACGUGGUGGGAACAUCGGAUGGAACGAUCGAUACACUCUCGGUGCUUUAUCCUUGUCCUCAAUAUCGUUCAUCGGGUUUGGGAUCAUCGAAAUGUCAAUAGCAAACGAACCGUUCGCGCCAAAGAGGAUCAUUGUGAAUGGGAGUUUGAUCGCUAGCUACUUUGUCAACUUUUUUGGAGUUGCUAGUCAAAUCGGAGUGAUCUUUCAGACUUCGUUGUAUAUGCAAGCUGUACAUGAAUUUUCUGCUGCACGUGCUGGAUCUGUGUUGUUACCUGGGAUUUUGGGAGGGGUUUCGGGGAGUUUGGUGGGAGGGUUGGUUAUUCAGAGUACGGGGAGGUAUUGGUUGGUUACGGUUGUUGCGUAUGGAUUGCAGGUCAUGGGGAUUUUGGUGGUUGUACUGGGGUCUGGGGUUGUUGUUGUUUCUGUUUUUGGGAUAUGUGUUGGACUUUUGGUUUCUGGAUUUGGGAAUGGUGGAGGAAUAACGACGAGCCUCGUUGCUUUGAUUUCAAAUGCAGGAAGAGAAGAUCAGGCGAUAGCUACUGCAGUUUCCUACCUCUUCCGAUCACUGGGAUCCGUCGUUGGUUUGUCAGUUGGGAGCACGGUUCUUCAAGAUACGCUUCGAAAGAUGCUCAGACGGAGACUUGUGGGGAGUGAUGUGGAUGUGGAUGAGAUCGUACGCAAAGUCCGAGAAUCCCUCAAAUACCUCGACCAGUUAGAUUCGGAUACACGAACCAUUGUGAAGAGGUCGUAUGAGGAUGCGAUACAUAAUACGUUUUGGGUUUCGUUUGGGACUGCGAUUUGUGGGUUUUUGUUUUCGUUGUUUAUUAAGGAGAAGAGGUUGGAUUGGGAUGGGAAAUAGGGAAGGGUAUACUUGUAUUUUGUAUGUAGUCGUUGACUCUGCGAGGGAGGGAACUAAUGGUCAGCGAAUAACGACAGGUUGUUUUUGGUUCUCG